UACGAAUCAUUUCUCUGCCGACUCCUUUCAGCAUCAUACACACACUCCGGACAUUGAAGGAUUUGAGUUGAGUAAUGCGUCUGUGGGAUGAGUAUACCGAAAUGGAUUACAAAAUAUGGAUAACUCGUGACAAAAUUAACACGACACCUUUCAAUGAUAUGGGAUAAAACAUCAGUUUUAAUGUAUUCUCAAGAGCCUAAUUAGACUUUUAAUAAAAAGCUGAAUUUCAACAGAAACAACGCAGGUGGCCCUUCGUCGAAUACUACGAUUUUUCAUAAGCUAUCCUAUGUUUGUAGAGGGCGCUCCAUUAAAGCGGGAAACUAAUUCUUGUGUGUUACGAAUGAUGAAUCAACAAAUGUUCACCAUAAGCAAUAACCUGCCAUCUCUCAAGUCGGACAAAUUCCAGCAAAUGAGGGCCUUUCCCCCUGACUGCACCCUGGUCUGCAAGAACGGAAGAGUGACGGCACAUCGACUCGUCCUGAGCGCUGCGAGUACCUUCUUCAUGACCAGCAUUGCGCAGUCUUCGGGUGGCCAUAUUUUCUUGCCUCAAUAUGACGUCCAAGACAUCAGACAGAUCGUCGACUUCAUCUACGGACAAUCUGUCACGAUAGAUUAUGACAGGAUGUCCAAGUUGGUGGACAUCGCGAAUGAUCUAGGGAUCAAUGUCUUUGCUAAUCCCAAAAGAUCUUAGAACAAUUCAUUGCUCACUAUUUACUUUCAGAUCAAAGUUAUAAAAUUAACUACAAGUCAUAUUCAAUUCUUUCAUUUAUUUGUUAGCUCCUUCAUGCAUAUUAUGUUUAAAACUCCGUCCAUAUAUUUACUUGAUGAUUAAAUACUGAAACCUAAUACUGUGAAAACACACUGAAAUCAUUUUCUUGUGAAGCAACUUCCAGUUAUUCUAAAUUCAUAUAUUCUUUUUUCGUAGUAGCAAAACAUAAGUUCAUCUGUAAGCAUUUGUUAAUUUAUAAUACCUUUUCAUAUUUCUAUUUAAUUUAUAUUGAAACUACUGAAAUUUUUAAAAAAAAUAAUUCUUUGUUUGUACAGCUUUUAUAACUGUAUUAUAAUUGGAUUCGUAUAAAAAUAUUUUUUAAAAAAAUUAUUCUGUUUUGAAUUUAAUAGCGAAUAAUGUCAUAAAAAGAAAGGAAUUGGUUGUGUAAUUUUGUGAUGCAAAUUUGAUCCCUCCCCCCACCUGUAUCGUAACUUUGCACCUCAAUCCUUUAAAUUCUUCUAAAUUUUAAAUUUCAAUUCUUCGUGCUUUGAAAUGUUAUUAUGAUGUCAGUUAUUUGAACAUUUUGCAUUAUUUUCUUUAUUAAUUUCAUUAUAAUUAUUUAAUGGAACUUUUAAAAAUAGAAAUUGCUACUUUUUAAUGAAAAAAAAAACUGAUUCUAACCAUCAUUAGUUUUAUCAAGAUUGCGAUUCAGUUCUUAAAACUGCUGAUCAUCUCCCCCUCCCACAAUGGAAAUUUUGGAACAAUUGUUUUCGCAUUAUUCUUGGAACAAACAAUAUAAUUGCAAUAUGUAUACGUAACUUUAAUUUCUACAAAGUAUUUACUGCUUGAUACUGUAUUUGAUAAUCGUUUCUCUAAACAAAACAAAAAUGUGGAAACUAAUUAUAUAGAUCCUUUCUGGAUAAAAUUCAUUUCGUUUAUUAUCUUUUAUUAUAACGUAUAGUUCGGAAUUUUUUUUAAUUCAAAAUCUUAUUAAUUUGACGUAAAAGCUAGAAUUAUGUUUUUUAACACUUUACCGACCGGUAGCGGUUCGAACAUACUAUGCCAUUUCACCGUCCGCUCAGCUGAAUUUUUGAAAACGACAGCUGAAUUUUUUUCAGGGCAUGCUGAAUUGGUGGAAAACGUAGUCACCACAGAUCGGUCAAAAGUCGAUUAAUCGACGACCGGUCGGUAAGCGCUGGGGAGCAAACGUCGAAUAAUCGACGACCGGUUGGUAAGCGCUGAGAACAAAACGUCGAUUAAUCGACGGCCGGUUGGUAAGCGCUGAGAACAAAACGUCGAUUAAUCGACGGCCGGUUGGUAAGCGCUGAGAACAAAACGUCGAUUAAUCGACGGCCGGUCGGUAAAGUGUUAAUAUGCGAUAAAGAAAUAACUAAGUGCGGAGAAGUUUCUUUAAAAUUAUUUGAAGCAUACGUAUAAUUUAAUUACGCAAUGCUAACAUUUACAACUGUCGAAUAAACAAUGCUUAAAUACUUCACACUUUAACUUUUUGUCUGAUGAAGAGUUAAAUUCUUUUCACUAAAAUAAUUUUUUUCUUUUUCUGUCAAUGAUUUUUUUUUUUUUAAUUCAGAAUGAAAUUUGACAAUCGUUUAAAUUCAAUAAAUUCUUUUUCCAACUUUGAAACGCUUUAUUCCUGAGAUUCUCAAGUAUUAGCCUCUAUAUAUAUGUUUAUAAUUGUUACGUGUUAAUAAUUAUUAUAUUAUUCAAGUCAUAAAUUAAGAAUUGUCGAUCUUACGCCGAUAGCGUGAGCAACAAUUUAUCCCUUAAAAAAGUUUUAAAUAUUUUUUUAUUAUAUUAUUUCUCAUCCUGCUG